CCCGGCGCCCGGCGCAGGUCCUCACGGGAUUGUGGCGGUCCGCGGUCCCCACUCGGAAGCUCCGGCCGCCCCGGGACUCUCAAGAUGGCGACCUCUCUGGGUUCCAACACCUACAACAGGCAGAAUUGGGAGGAUGCGGACUUUCCCAUUCUGUGCCAGACGUGUCUUGGAGAAAACCCAUACAUCCGAAUGACCAAAGAAAAAUAUGGGAAAGAAUGCAAAAUUUGUGCCAGGCCAUUCACAGUGUUUCGCUGGUGUCCUGGAGUCCGCAUGCGCUUCAAGAAGACUGAAGUGUGCCAGACCUGCAGUAAAUUGAAGAAUGUUUGUCAGACCUGCCUUUUAGACCUUGAGUAUGGCUUGCCCAUCCAGGUCCGUGAUGCAGGAUUGUCUUUUAAAGAUGACAUGCCAAAGUCAGAUGUCAACAAAGAAUACUAUACACAGAAUAUGGAGAGAGAAAUCUCUAACUCUGAUGGAACACGGCCAGUUGGCAUGCUGGGGAAAGCCACAUCUACCAGUGAUAUGCUGCUCAAACUGGCCCGGACCACACCUUACUACAAAAGGAAUCGGCCCCACAUUUGCUCCUUCUGGGUGAAAGGAGAGUGUAAGAGAGGAGAAGAAUGUCCAUACAGGCACGAGAAGCCUACAGAUCCAGAUGAUCCUCUUGCUGACCAGAACAUUAAAGAUCGGUAUUAUGGCAUCAAUGACCCCGUAGCAGAUAAGCUUCUAAAGAGAGCUUCGACUAUGCCUCGUCUGGACCCGCCUGAGGAUAAGACUAUCACAACACUUUAUGUUGGUGGUUUGGGCGAUACGAUUACUGAGACAGAUCUCAGGAAUCACUUCUACCAGUUUGGAGAGAUCCGAACAAUCACUGUGGUGCAGAGACAGCAGUGUGCUUUCAUCCAGUUUGCCACAAGGCAGGCUGCAGAAGUGGCUGCUGAGAAAUCCUUCAAUAAGUUGAUCGUCAAUGGCCGCAGACUCAACGUAAAAUGGGGAAGAUCCCAAGCAGCCAGAGGAAAAGAGAAAGAGAAGGAUGGAACCACAGACUCUGGUAUCAAGCUAGAACCUGUACCUGGUCUGCCAGGAGCUCUUCCUCCUCCUCCUGCGGCAGAAGAAGAAGCCUCUGCCAACUACUUCAACUUGCCCCCAAGUGGUCCUCCAGCUGUGGUGAACAUCGCCCUGCCACCACCCCCUGGAAUUGCCCCGCCCCCACCCCCAGGUUUUGGACCACACAUGUUCCACCCAAUGGGACCACCCCCUCCUUUCAUGAGGGCUCCAGGACCAAUCCACUACCCUUCUCAGGACCCUCAGAGGAUGGGAGCGCAUGCCGGAAAACACAGCAGCCCCUAGCACAGUAUCACCACUCAGGGGUUCUAUGGAAGAAAGGGCGCUUUGAAAUCCCAGAAAAGACAAAGUAAAAAUUGCUUUUUAUUCCUAUCAAUCAGAUGGAAACACAAAUUUUAUGGAGCUGUGUAUCACUGAAGAAAAUGGUGCCUGAGAUGAAACUGUUUUAAAGAACUUCCUAUAAAACACUUUCUUUAACACAUUGAAAAGAGAGCCUUGGAGUGUGUUUGAAUGGAAGACUUGUGACCACAGCUGGAAUCUGAUCUUCAGCAUUCACCUUUGUGUGUCUUCAGUGUCUCGUCAUUCCCUGCUUCUGGACAGGGGACUCUGGUCUUAGAAUGUUUGACUAUAACUGAAUUGUAGAUGGUAAGGGAAAUUUGAUGUUGUAUUUUUUGUUUUUAAAUAAUUAAAACGGGUCAAUUUUCCAAAUGUUGUUGGCUUAUUUCUAGAUUCCUGGAUCUGUUUUCUUUUUAAUUCUUCAGUAGUUGAACUUGAGGUCAGUGGAAGUUAAAAACAGGUUAUGUAUAAAUGUAGACUCUUGCCAUGUUGGUAAAAAUGCCUCCAACCUUUUUAGUCCUUAUAUGAGACUAAAAUAAUGCACAGAACACAGGACCUGGCACAGACACCUAAUAAAUGGUAAUCCCAAAUGUCAUUCUUACUCAUGAGAUUGUAUUAAAACUCAGAAUCUUAUCUAUAAAUCCAUUUCUCAUAAAGCCAAUUUUGUCUGAA